AUGGAUACCGGGAGGUGCGUAUUGUUUCCCACUCUGGGAUGUCCGGACGACUUAACGCCGACGGAAACGGCUGUUUUGCGUUUUCGAGCCUACGUCAUUCCUGUUUUGCUCUGUAUAGGCAUUCCCUCCAAUUUGUUCGUCCUGGCAAUAUUCAUACGGCUGCAAAUGAAAGCUGCCUGCAGAUUCAACAUUUAUGCCAUGGGAAUUGCUAUUGCGCACCUAUUUCAGUGCGUCUUUCAGGCCCUUCUUGACCACUUUAUUGGCCGUGGUCUAUGGUAUGCUUCUGGCUGCCAACUGACAUUUAAACUGGACAUUCUGUCCGAGGUGAGUUGCAAAAUCGUGGCCUACACGCCUGCUGCAACCCAACUCCUGUCUGCCAUGCUCCUGGUCUCCUUCACCAUUGACAGAACCGUCACCGUCUACAGACCCAUUCAGUCUCGUGGGGAUAUUUACCUAGGGUAUGCCUAUUUGGGCGUCCUAAUUUGCUUCCUGUUCUCCUUCCUAAGUUUCAUUCCGGCUGCGCUGUACUACGUGAUAGUUGAGAAGGAUGACGGAACCUGUCGGUGUCAGUUACUAGACCCUACAGCUGCUGGGGCCCGUUAUGUCAUUCUGAUGUCUGCGUUCUGUUCCUACACCGUGCCGACCUUUGUCAUCCUCAUCCUCAACGUGCUCAUCUGCUACAAGCUGAAGUACAUUGUGCAGGGCAAACGACUGGAAGCUAAGACCACUGCCCGACAGAAGAUUGAGCGGAGACGCAUUUUGGGACAUUUGGGUGUUUGUUCCCUCUUCCUAUUCCUCUCCAUGCCCCUGGUUAUCGUCAUGGCAAUUAGGCAGUACUCAGACGCCAUGCAGUAUGCUGACGGUUGUCCAGAAUAUCAUCAGGAGAUUGUCCAACUGACAAAAUUCUUCAAUUCAUUCAUUGCAAUCCAAUAUACCUCUGAGAUUUGGGUGUAUCUCAUAUUUCUGCCCAAUGUGCGCUCUGAGGCUGUUCGUCUGCUCUGCGGCUGUAAAUGUCUGAUGAAAUUUGAAGUUGUGCGACGAUUCUUCGAAAGAUAUGUGCGGAUCACGUCAUCUCAGCGAAGACAGAAACUGGCUAAUAUGAGCGAAAAGGUCGGUAAAAAAGUAAAAGGCGAAAGGGAAGGCGAAGGAGAUUCGGCGGGAACAACUGCUACUGAUCGAUAA